CCUAAUUUAAACACCUCAACUUUACUAGUGCCAUUUAAAGACUGUGCGAUAUUACAUUUCUUUCGAUUUUCUCGUUUCUUGAAAUGCUUGUGUAGCCUUAAACGUACAUUUACAUGAACUCGUUGAAUUAACCAUGCAAAGAUAUCAAAACCGCCAUGAUCGGUAGCUAUGUUUCGUGUUUACAGCAUAUGACCUAAUAACUCCCAAAACAGGUGCUACAGUGUUGUUUGGUACUCGGCUUCUGCUAAAGGCUUUAAUCGAUAGCGAAAACCAAUAUGCGGAACUUCUAACGUCACGUGGUUACAAUGAACCAAUCGAAAAUGAAAAUACAUGACGUCGAGACUUGGAGAGCCAAAUAUCAAUUGAAUAAGUUUUGUGACAUUUUUGCGAUAUAUGCCUCUGUCAAACGCCAGAUUUGCAUAUGAGUCUUAACAAGCCCAACUUCCCAACUACGGGGCAGGGAGCCAACUUCCCAACUACGGGGCAGGGAGAUAGGAGGGUUGAGGAGGCGUCCAAGGAUCUGCUGCGUAUCCCUAAGGGAGUGCAUAUUGCAGCCACUGGCAGUAUCAGUCAGGCAGCACAUGGAUAUCAGGUGCCGAGGACGUUGACUAAGCUAGCUCCAGCUGUGAGCCAGGGUCUGGCGGGGCUUGCCAACAAGCCUGUCCAUCAGAUUGCUAACCUUGGUCAAGCCCUGCACAAAAAGGUGACAGAGAUCCAGAAGGUCCCUUUGACCUUGUCCUCCACAAGUGGCACUAACUCUGCGCAGGCUGCCGGUGGGCUUUCCAACAUCAUACCCGUGCAGUUGAGUGCCCCCUCAGCCACUACCAACAUGAGGGCCGGCGCAGUGCUGUCUGGUGUGGGGCAUCAUCCUAUUCCAACCCAGUUCCAACACUCGGCAACAGGCGUGGUUCGCACCGGGUCCACACUUAACGUACAGCGCGCGCAGCUUCAUUCCGGUAUUCAGACCAGCGCACUGAACCUGCAGGCCGGCCAGAUGCGGAGCGUACGGCCAGGUUUGAUGAGGGCUGCCACUCCCACCACAAACCGACCAGCGUCACCCGCCAUUGGCAUCGGGCAGACUGUGGAGCCGCAUAGGGUCCCCCUCCACAACAUAACGACGACCGUAGGCAGCUCCCCGAGCAUCCAGAUCACUCUGCAGGCCUCCCGUAAUCCCAGCGACAGUGUGGGUAAAACCACUACCACCUUCCAGCCCGGGAAAGUGGCGAUGAAUCAAGCGGUGAAUUUGACCUGUCAGCCCAAGGUAGUUCUCACGCAUUCGCUCACACCCAUGCUGCAGCAUACGACGUUGGCCGCCAAGGGGAACAGAGGUCAGCCCAUGAACACAUUAUCAUCAGCAACAAUGGCAGCAUCUGUAGCCACGGUUACGAUACCCAGCAUGUCAGCUGGUACCACCGUAGCAACAAUACCCAUAGCCAAAGUGCCACCGCAACGCCAGCACCAGGUGGUCACAAGCCACGUGCUGGCCUCGCCCACCCCCGCAGUCACCUCAUCCCACAUGGAUCACCGUGUGGAUCCCCUCCCACACGGCAGCGCGGUCUCCCACCCCCAACCACAGCCUGCGCACUCCCACGCAACUACUGUGGCUCAGCAGUCCACCCCACAAGGUGGCCCUGGUCAGCCUGGCUUGUUCAACCUGCAGUACCGGACAGGGAACCUCCCAGUGACCACAGUGGCCAGUAACUCCCUAUCACACACAGAGGCACGCACGUCGUCGUUGGCUGCGGUCCCCUUCCUGCCCCCGGUGCUCCAGAUGUCCCCUGAGAACCCCUACUACCAGAUGAUGAUGAAGUCUGGAUUGGCUGCUGUGGCCCAGCUCCAUGGUCGCACAACACUGCAGUCAUUGGGCAGAGAGGCAGCCAACUCUCUCCAGGCUUCUCUCAACUCUGUAAGCCAGUCACCAUUGACAGUUGCCACUGCGGUAGGUAGCGCAGGCUCCGUGCGCUACAACCAGAUGAUGGUGGUGCCUGACGCGAUACGUCAUGCUGCUCCACACACCACCGGGGGCUUGACAGCGGCAAUCCAGCUUCAGCCAAGUCAUGCGGAAGUCAAACAAAGUACCACUGUCACCACAGCGCCCAUGUUGCCUCACACAAGUGCCGCUGCCAGCAGUCUGUUUGCUGCAGUGGCAGCGCACCAGAGUCAAGGUCAAGUGUCGCAGAUCGGUCACCCCUCGCCCAACACGCCUAGCUCUACCCCUGUGCAGAAUCCAAACUCAUCACCGCGGCCUAGCAUUCUCAGAAAGAGGACCAACGAAGGCAUCUCAGCUGUGAAGAAGCAGCUAGCGAUGUCGGGCGGUGAUGUUCCGAGCCCGAGACCUGAGUUGAGACUCGACAGCACCCCUGUCUCCAACAUGAGUUCCCCUAAAACACCCGCCUCAGGGCUGAUAAAAGUAGAACACCCGACUCGUGGCCUCCGUGAGUCACCAUUUUCAGAGAGCCAGUCAUCGACGGACACGGCCCUGUCCAGUGAAGCCACCACUCCCACCCAGCCUUCGCACGGCGAGCUGAAAAUAAAGCACGAACACGACGUGCAUGAGAAUGGCUACACUAACAGCACGCCCGAGGCAUCGCCACGGAAACGCCGCAAACAAGUGCUACAGGCUACGGAGGAGAUACGAGACACGCCUGUCAACGUGUUUGACAAGCUGGUAGAGGCCUGCGUGAAACAGGAAGUGUUGGACAAACACGAGGCCCAGCAUGAGGUGGGGGAGGACGACCUUGACAGCGAGGAUGAGGAUGAUGAUGAUGACGACGACUUUGAUGAUGAUCAGAUGGACCUCCGGGAAGAAUACGUUGAUGAUGAUGGUGUGCGAUGGACCCUGGAAAAGUGCCGACCCAACAUCGCCCUGUUGAACUUCUACAGCAUCUCCUGGAAACCCAAAGUGAAUCACUUCAAUAGAUACACUGACGUUAAACCAAAAGACGAGAGAAGACCCACAGUGAAUGAGUUAUCUAAUCAGAAAGGGGUUGUUCAAAAGACUUCGGGCUGGAAACUGUAUCACAUGGCAGCACAGAUAGAGGAUCUGGUGGAGCUAGAGAAGGAACUCAAGAGCACGCUACAGAGCCUGCAGGCGGCAAUUGGUCCAGAGUCACCGAUCAGACACAAUAGUCUCGUGGAGGAGGAGUCGGGGGUCAUACACGAGCUUACUCAGGGUAAUAUUCAGCGCUGCUCGCUGUUGACAGAUCAGCUAAACGAGGCAAAGACUCAGAUGUUAAAAGUACUCGAACAUAAACCAAAAAUCUCAGAAAUCGUCUCAAAGCAUAUGAGCAAACGACCAAUCAAGAAGAAAGAAAGGACGUAGUGAUUGUCACAUGUUUUAUCAUCAUUUACCAUUUAGGGAACACAUUUGUACAGCUCCUAGGAAAAUAUUAACUUUUGAUCAGCAGUUUGAAUAAAAUGUCAGUGUGAAAUUUGACAAAAAUUAUUUUAAGCUCACCUGAGUACCAAGUGCUCAUAUUGAGCUAUUGUUGUCAACUGAAGUCCACUGUCAUGUGUUGGGCUGUCAUCAACUUUUACCUCCUUACUUCUUCAGAGGCCACUUUUUCAGCUAGUAGUGGUAAAACUGGGUUAGAAUUUUUUUUUGCAGUAUCUAUGCCAAGUUAGAUUGUUAUCAUAGGCAUUCAAAAGCAAGUUCAACAGGGCAUUGCUUAGAUGAAACUUUUUGCCUUUCUUCAGUUCUAAAUUCAAGACUUUAUCCUCUUGUUUGAUGAAAUAUGUUUUAAUAAAAUAUAAAAUAGAAGUAAAUAAGGAACAGUGGAGUGUAAAAAAUCUAAAUCAGAUAAACAGCUUUGUUAUCCACCCUUAAAUUGCCACAGAUUUUCCUACAGGUGUGUUUAAAAAAAGGAAAUUAUUUUUUCUAGGGAGUUUUACCAAACAUUCUUCGAGAAGCCUACUGAAGAUCAAAGGUCAUCUUUUGUUUUACAUAUUACGUAUAUCAUGUUAUUAAUUGUGGUUUACCAUUUAUCUAUUUGCUGUUAGAAAAUAGAGUUUUUAUACAGUUUUUACAAGCAAUUACGUUGGAUGACAACUGGUGUAAAAUGGUUUUCUGUCUAUAAGCAAUUGGUUCUUUUAUUAUGUCCCCCUUCGAAGAAGAAGGGGUAUAUUGUUUUGCACAUGUUGGUCCGUCCUUCUGUCUGUCCGUCCGUCCACCAUAUGGUUUCCGGAUGAUAACUCAAGAACGCUUAAGCCUAGGAUCAUGAAACCUCAUAGGUACAUUGAUCAUUACUGGCAGAUGACCCCUAUUGAUUAUCAGGUCACUAUGUCAAAGGUCAAGGUCACAGUGACUCGAAACAGUAAAAUGGUUUCCAGAUGAACACUCAAGAAUGCUUACGCCUAGGAUCAUGAAACUUCAUAGGUACAUUGAUCAUGACUGGCAGAUGACCUCUAUUGAUUUUCAGGUCACUAGGUCAAAGGUCAAGGUCACAGUGACUCGAAACAGUGCAAUGGUUUCUUGAUGAUAACUCAAGAAUAAUUAGGUCUAGGAUCAUGAAACUUCAUAGGUUCAUUGAUCAUGACUGGCAGAUGACCCCUAUUGAUUUUCUGGUCACUAGGUCAAAGGUCAAGGUCACAGUGACAAAAAACGUAUUCACACAAUGGCUGCCACUACAACUGACAGCCCAUAAGGGGGGCAUGCAUGUUUUACAAACAGCCCUUGUUACAAUCCACAUAGUAAUAAUACGAAUAAUAUAGCAAAUUUUCAAGACGUUUUUCCUGUUUUUGAGCAGUGUGUUUUGUAGAAGGAUAUUAAAAUAGUGUGAGUUGUGAUGCAGGUAUGCAAUCACAAAAAUGGUUUGUGAUUAACUUAUUCAUUUAUGAAAAUAAUUGGUUUAAUUGUGAAUGCAAAAAAUUAACUUUGUGAGUAAGCUAUUAUUCCUGUACAUUUGAAUUUGCAAAUAUGAGAAUAUUUAUUUGUACAGCUCUGAAAGUGUGGAAGUGCUCUUCUGUGAAGAUACUUUCUAAGUUCUCGUGUAUUGUUAAUUAUUUCAGUUUUUAAUCGUAAAGACUUGGAAUACAAUCAUUAAUGAAGUACUUUUGCAUUUCUAUGGAGGGUUUCCUCAGCCUGUGUUUAUAUCCACAGCUGCUUGUGUGAUUAAAAUGGAGCUUACUGGGUGACUGUACCUUUGUGGCAGUGAAUAAAAUAUUAACUGAAAAUAUAAUGUGAAACUUU